AUGAGCUACCCAGGCUAUCCCCCACCUGCUGGGAGCUACCCCCCAGCUGCACCAGGUGGUGGUGCCUGGGGGGGUGCUGUCUACCCCCCACCCACUAUGCCCCCCAUUGGACUGGAUAACGUAGCCAACUACGCAGGGCAGUUCAACCAGGACCACCUCGCAGGAAUGGCGGCCAACAUGUCGGGGACAUUUGGAGGUGCCAACAUGCCAAACCUGUACCCAGGAGCUCCUGGGGGUGGUUACCCUCCAGUACCCCCUGGGGGCUUUGGUCAGCCUCCCUCUGCCCAGCAGCCCAUUCCUCCAUAUGGGAUGUAUCCGCCCCCUGGAGGAAACCCACCCUCCGGGAUGCCUUCAUAUCCACCAUACCCAGGAGCCCCUGUGCCUGGUCAGCAGCCCCCAGGGGCCUACCCUGGACAACCCCCAAUGACCUACCCCGGGCAGCAGCCGGUGCCCCCUCCUGCACAGCAACUGCAGCCAGUGCCAAGCUACCCAGCGUUCCCAGGAUCUGGGACUGUCACCCCCGCUGUGCCCCCCACCCAGUUGGGGAAUCGCGGCACCAUUGCAGACACUCCUGGAUUUGACCCAUUGCGAGAUGCCGAGGUCCUGCGCAAGGCCAUGAAAGGCUUUGGGACUGACGAGCAGGCCAUCAUUGACUGCUUGGGAAGUCGCUCUAGCAAGCAGCGGCAGCAGAUUCUCCUGUCCUUCAAGACUGCUUACGGGAAGGAUUUGAUUAAAGAUCUGAAAUCGGAACUGUCAGGAAACUUUGAGAAGACAAUCCUGGCUAUGAUGAAGACCCCGGUCCUGUUUGAUGUGUAUGAGAUCAAAGAAGCCAUCAAGGGGGCUGGUACUGACGAAGCCUGUCUGAUUGAGAUCUUGGCGUCGCGCAGCAAUGAGCACAUCCGGGAGCUGAACCGAGCCUACAAGGCAGAAUUCAAAAAGACCCUGGAGGAGGCCAUUCGGAGCGACACAUCGGGACAUUUCCAGCGGCUCCUCAUCUCCCUUUCUCAGGGGAACCGGGAUGAGAGCACAAACGUGGACUUGUCACUUGUCCAGAGAGAUGUGCAGGAGCUGUAUGCAGCCGGGGAGAACCGCCUUGGGACAGACGAGUCCAAGUUCAACGCGGUUCUGUGCUCCCGUAGCCGGGCCCACCUGGUAGCAGUUUUUAAUGAGUACCAGCGGAUGACCGGCCGGGACAUUGAGAAGAGUAUCUGCCGGGAGAUGUCCGGAGACCUGGAGCAUGGCAUGCUGGCUGUGGUGAAAUGUCUCAAGAACACCCCAGCCUUCUUUGCUGAAAGGCUCAACAAGGCCAUGAGGGGAGCAGGGACAAAGGACCGGACCCUGAUUCGCAUCAUGGUGUCUCGAAGCGAGAUCGACCUCCUGGACAUCAGAGUGGAGUACAAGAGGAUGUACGGCAAGUCGCUAUACCACGACAUCUCGGGAGAUACUUCGGGGGAUUACCGCAAGAUUCUGCUGAAGAUCUGUGGGGGCAACGACUGA